UGCUGCCUCUAACAUCGCUCAUUACUGAUGGAGGUGCAGUUGCCUGAUCAGUUGUUUCGUGUUAGUCGAAGGAGUAGGUAACGGCAUACACGUACAGCAUCGACGUACUUUAUUUCUCUGCGUGUGGCGUUUUGGUGAAGAGCUGGAGAAACAGGUGUGAAAAGCUAGUUAAAGCUUGUUUAAUUUGUUUAAUGCUAGUGAAAAAGUGAAUCCAGUCUGCGUUCCCCUGCGAAAAGCUAUUGACUAUUUACGUUUCCUCUUGUGCACCUGAAGGAGACGGUAUAAAAUGCCCAAAAAAUCCAACAAGCCCAAUUGGGGAGGACGAGGUCGAGUAAACAAUCACGAAGAAAAAUCUUAUUUUGGACAUGAUGACAGAAUGAGCCAUCCCAAUGAUGGUCCCAAAUUCACGAACAAUAAACCUCGUGUAUCGUUUAAAAGGACAGGCAGUAAGCAACCAAGUUACAGUGAUAGAACCAGAAAUGCCAUAUUAAAGCAUUUAGAUGAUGAUGUGUCAAUGUCACAUAGUUCUAAUAACAAUAGUCGACAGAUAGUCAAUAGGGGUAGAGGAGGCGGCAAAGGAUUUGGUCGAGGAAGAAACAGCCCAUUGCCACAUGGUAAUUUGAGAAAUAAUCGACCAAGACAAGUAACUGUUAGUGACUCAAAUUGGUACAAGAUUUUCAUUCCAAAGGGGCAAAAGUACACAAAGGAAUUUGUAAUAUGCAAUUUAACAAGUUGUAUAGCACCCAUGACUUUUAUUCCAUACAUGUAUCAAGUUGUUGGACAAGAUUCAAUGUUUUAUGUCGAAGAUCACAGAGUUGCUACCCAAUUAUCUGACUGUAACAACAGAAUUACAACAAGUGAUGGUUUUAAAAUGCGAGUUCAAGUCCGACCAGGUCUUCCACCUCUUGAAGUUAACGAAACUCUAAAAGAGAGACUAAAACAGGCCAUGGCAAAAAGAUAUGUUCAAGAAAGCAAUGCCUUAGACCUGUCUAAGUUUUAUCAAGAUCCAGAACUAGCUUCUGACUACUGGUGCCCAUUAGCAAGACCACUUAUGCUCAUGACUGUGUUAGAUAUUGUUCAAGAGCAUAUACCCAACUUGGAAGCAUUGAAUUUGGAUUCAAACAGAAUUUAUAAUAUAGAAAAAUUGAGUGUCCUCGCAACCAAAUUUGAAAAACUGAAAAUCCUUUACAUAGGGGAUAAUAAGAUUAAGGAGAUUCAUUAUCUCAAUGCUUUAAAAAAUCUGCAUUUGGAAGAACUUAGACUUGACGGAAAUCCAGUUGUUAAUAAAUACAAAAACAGACGGGACGACUACAUAAGUGACGUACGAAAAACUUUUCCCAAACUUUUGAAAUUGGAUGGGAUGGAUUUACCACCUCCUAUUGUCUUUGACUUAGAGGAUCAAAAAGUCAAACUGCCACCUAUACAAAGAAUGUUUAUUGUUCAAUCUAAUGCAAAGGCUCAAGAUGUUGCUACUCAGUUUCUUCAUCAAUAUUUCAUUGUGUUUGAUAGUGAAAAUCGUCAACCGUUGCUCAACGCCUAUCAUGAACACGCUUGUUUUAGUAUGACAGUCAAUAUGCAGCAAAGUUCUAACAAGUAUAAUCCUUACUUGACAGAAAGUCGGAAUUUGAAAAGAGUUUCAGAUGGAAGAUUAAGACGGAAGUUAUUGAAAAUGGGUAGAUUACCCGUUGUCUCCUUUAUAUCCGAAAUGCCACGCACAAAACACGAUUUAGGCAGUUUUACAAUGGAUCUCAGUCUAGUCACUGAUGGAAUGAUGUUGAUAACUGUAACAGGUUUAUUCCAGGAAUUACAAACUAAAGACAACAAAGAGCAACUGCGAUACUUUAAUCGCACUUUCAUUAUUGUCCCCGAAGGAGCGGGAUUCUGUAUAAGUAAUGAACAAUUACAUAUUGGCAAUCCAACUAUGGUUCAAGAAAAGCAGUUUAAUUCCGCCGCUUCUACAGCUGCUCAACCUACGCCAGGACCUUCUACAGCAGUAGCAGUGGCAGCAACAGCACUUGCCAGCGCAGUACCAUUGACUGAAGAAGUAAAAAACCAAAUGACUAUGACUCUGAGUCAGCAAACGAACAUGAACUUUGAGUGGAGUUUUAAAUGUCUCGAGGAAGUGCAGUGGCAUUUUGAAAAUGCUCGUGCAGCAUUUCAAGAAGCCUAUAGUUUAGGCAAAAUACCAGCUACGGCUUUUACAAAAUAAGUCUGUAUCUUUAAGUUAAAUUUUUAUAUACAGAAAUUUAUAUAACGUUUCUGAAUAAAAAUGUAAAAUACGUGAAUAAUGUUUAAGAAAGUUCAUAUAGGCGAUAUUCUUCAAAAUUAUUCAUUUUUCGUUUAGUUUUGAAGAAACUGGAAAAAAUGUAGAGUUGUUUCCAAGAAUCAUUUUCGUUUCUUUGAAAGGGCUGUGUUGGUUUACUGUAACCGUGAUAAGACCCUAAUACAUUUUUUUUGGUUUGUAAAUUAUCAAUCGACGGUACCAAACAUUAUUUGGUAUGUAGAACUACAAUGUUUUGGACAAAAAUUAAUAAUUACAAACUUCUCAGUCCUUGUUAUUACUAGUUGCAAUGAGUUGGUCUCAUUUUUAUUUGAGAGAUCAAGAUCUUUUAAUAAAUUAAAUCGUGUAAAUUACUUAUUAUAAAGUAGUUGUAUAAGUAUCAAAUUCAUUCGCAGUACAUUACUGUCAUGAAAAUAUGCAAAAAAAACGUCUAUUUUCAUACACGAGUAUUUAUUAAUUCUAUAUUGAUUGCUUUUUAUAUUUUCAUUUGAUUACUAAUACCUUAUUCUGAAUAUCAUGUUUUACACUGUAAUUGCCACCGUUGUCAUGUAAAUACUUCAAUUCCUGUAACAGCGACUGAAACGUUAAUCCCCAAUUGUCUAUGAAUGACAAUUUUGUAAAUAUUAAAUAAAAUAAAAAAAGUUUUUUUUAUAAA